AUGAAUUGUAGUAGCGAUUUGGAUGGAAAAACAAGAAUAGAGUUGAUUCAUUCUAAAAUUUUAGAUGAAGUAAUACCAAAAGUGGGUAUGGAGUUUGAAACUGAAGAGGAAGCAUAUGAUUUUUAUAAUAGUUAUGCUUAUAAGGUUGGAUUUAGUAUUCGUAAAAGUAAAGGACAAAAGGAUAAUAAGAAUGGUAGAAUGAUAGAUAGAAUCUUUUGUUGUUCAUGCCAAGGUUACCGCGAGAAAGAUAAGCGAGAUGUGGAAGUAAUACGUCAUAGAGCAGAAACAAGAUUUGGUUGUUUAGCAAUGAUGAAAAUUUGCUCUCGACAAACUAAUCGAUAUCGUGUUGUUGAAUUUAUUGCUGAGCAUACUCAUGUUACAACUAGCCCUAGUAAGAGUCAUUUACAUAGAUCACAUCGACGAGUGACUGCAGUUCAAGCAGCUGAAAUAGAUAUGGCUGAUCGCUCAGGAAUUUCUCCUAAAGAAAGUUGUGAAUUGAUGGCAAGGAGAGCCGGUGGUCGAGAAAAUCUUGGUAUGAUUCCAGUUGAUUACAAGAAUUAUCUUCGAACAAAAAGAAUGACCCAAAUGAAAAUUGGAGAUACAGGCGGUGUUUUAGAGUACCUUCAACGUAUGCAGAUACAAGAUCCAAACUUCUUUUAUGCUAUACAAGUGGAUGUGGAUGAUUUGAUCACGAAUAUUUUUUGGGCAGAUGCAAAGAUGAUACAAUCAUACUCUUAUUUUGGUGAUGUUGUAAGCUUUGAUACUACAUAUAAAAAAAAUCAAGAUGGGAGACCUUUUGCGAUGUUUCUUGGAGUUAAUAAUCAUAAACAAACAACUGUUUUUGGUGCUGCUCUCCUUUAUGAUGAAACUACUCAAACAUUUGAGUGGUUGUUUGAUACGUUUGCCACAGCAAUGUCGGGGAAGAAACCAAAGACGAUUCUUACUGAUCAAGAUGCCGCCAUGGCUGAAGCACUAGGUUCUCAAUGGCCACAAACAUAUCAUCGCUUGUGUAUUUGGCACAUAUAUCAAAAUGCAGCAAAGAAUCUUAGUACUGUAUUUGAACGAUUUCGAGAAUUUUCAAAAGAAUUUAGCAACUGCAUAUAUGAUUAUGAUGAAGAAAGUGAAUUUAUUGAGGCUUGGAAUAAGAUGCUAGCGAAAUAUGGUCUUGAAGAUAAUAAAUGGUUGAAAAAGAUGUACAAUUUAAGAGAAAAAUGGGCUUUGGUGUAUGGUAGAGAGACAUUUUGUGCUGAUAUGACAACUACCCAGAGAAGUGAGAGUAUGAACAAUGCAAUAAAAGGUUACGUAAGCUACAAACAUAACCUUUUACGGUUUUUUGAGAACUUUGAAAGAUUGCUUGAGAGUCGUCGCUAUGAAGAGUUGCAAGCUGAUUUUAGAGCAACCCAAACUAAAAUGAAAUUAUCAUUUGAAGUUGAAAUUUUAAAGCACGGGGCAAGCUUAUACACUCCAACAAUGACCAACAUGUUUCAAACUCAAGUAUGUGAAAGUUAUGAUUGUGCAAUGACUUUAUGUGGUGAGAAUGAGACAUUGUCAAAGUACAAAGUUGUCCCAACAAAGAAAAGGUAUCUCCAUCAUACUGUUCACUUUGAUUCAACUGAUAAUACUGUGACAUGUUCUUGCAAAAAGUUUGAGUUUACAGGUAUAUUAUGCUCACAUGCUCUUAAAGUUUUGUCUGCAAAAAAUGUAAUGAAAAUUCCUCUCCAUUAUAUUUUGAAAAGAUGGACAAAAGAUGCAAAAUUUGGAGAUGAAUUAGAAAAUGAUGUGCAACAUGUAUACAAUAAAGAUCCUAAAGUCAACAUGGCAAAUCGUUAUCGAGAGAUUUGUAGAUUUAUAACUCAUAUAGCAACAAAGGCAUCCGGGGAUGAAAAAAACUAUGAUUAUGCUAUCAGUGGUUUUAGAAAUAUUUUGGAAGAGAUGAAGAGAUCAACAAUAUCAAAGGAGUGA